AUGAACUUGAGCGAAGCAGUCAAGCUGUUUCGAGCAGUAGAAGUUGCAAGACCUUCAAAUGCGUACGAGUUACAUGUUUGUACAAAUAUCGAUUCGCAUUUGACGAAUGCUUUACGUGGAAGAUUGGCACUACCAAAAGAAGCACGUACAAAAGCUGAAAAGUUGUUGAUCUUUGCGGAGGAUGGUUCAGACUCAGUCAGUGUUGUUCAAACUAUGUUCGAAAAUGAUCCUAAUCUCAAAAAUGUUAUCACCGUCGGAGGAGCAGAACUCAUAAAUGAUGUUGCUGCUGGAACGGGUGCCGCAAGUGGUUUGCAAUUCACAAAAGUUCUAUGUACACAAGCCUUACUACCUCAAUUGGCCAAAGCCAUGGCAAGAAGUUUAGGUCCUCGUGGUUUGAUGCCAAGUUUGAAAAGAGGUACAGUUGUGACAAAUGGUGAUGAGAUGCGAGUGGCCAUUCGUGAAGCACAAGGUGCUCUUGAUUGGCGUGGAGAUCGUAAUGGUGUGGUUAGAGGAGCUGUCGGAAGGAUUCACUUUACCGAAUCUGAACUUCGAUCCAAUAUUGCUGCCUUUUUGCACGGUAUCGUCGAUAAAAUUCAAGCCGGUCUUACAAGUGGUCAAUCGCAAACCGGUGUCGCAACACCUAGCAGUGUAGUUGGCGCUCUCACCUCGCAGGAUUUGAAACGUGCAACAACGAUCAUUAAACAAAUUCACCUCUCAUCCACCCAAGGACCAGCUGUUUUAAUACCUCAUUCCGAAGUCAUGUAA